AGCUCUGCUACCACCAAAUGAAUUACCAACAUUUUGAUACUGAGCCAUUCGCUGCUCUACAGUCAUAUCUGACUAAGAUCAUGAGUGUCAGAAGGGCUUCAACCUCGUCAAAUAUAAAACGAGAGAUUAUUACACAGAAAAAUAACGUUCCUUGCGUUUUGUCGAAGUUUAGUGACGAGAAGUAGCUAAAUGCUCUCAUGCCUCGUCAUUGAGCAGAGCGGAGCCAGUUUUGCAAUAUGGAUACUCAGCCGCCAUGAGCAGUGACCGGUGCAGCUAAUGGAUUUACUAACGGAGUAGAUUUAUAUCUGGUUUCGUGCGAGUCUCAUAGUUCAAACACCCAGCUAGAUAGUGUGCACUAGAUUGAAUUGAUGCGGAAUGGUUUAUCAAUAGACAACACAAGGCGUCGCCCACUCACCUCCACACAAGCGUUCUAUAAUAUAGAAAGGACUUUUAUUUUGACAGGUUGAUAACGUUGCUGUUGCUGCACGGUCGGUGGAUUGAGGGUAUGUGGAAAGUAGGAAUGUCGGAGGAGGUUGGAAAAGCGUUACAAGCUGUGGUAGACAGGGUAAAUCAAGCCGCCGCACGUCGACCCAAGACGUUGCCCGCGGUGCCGCCCCGCCUGGUAGCUGUAAGUAAGACGAAACCACCUGACAUGGUGAUCGAGGCGUACCGAAAAGGACAUCGCAACUUUGGUGAAAACUAUGUGAAUGAACUUGUGGAUAAAGCUUCAAAUCCUCAGAUUUUAGAAUCUUGCCCAGAUAUCGAGUGGCAUUUCAUUGGCCAUUUACAGAAGAAUAAUGUCAACAAACUUUUGGGUGUACCAAACCUGUCCAUGGUGGAGACAGUGGACUCUGUCAAGUUGGCCGACAAGGUAAACAGCUCCUGGCUGCGGUUGAGAACAGCUAGUACGCAGACGUUAAAGAUCAUGGUUCAGAUCAACACCAGUGGGGAGGAAAGUAAACAUGGACUGCCUCCUGGUGAGACCGUGACCACAGUGAAACACAUUUUAUCCAAAUGCUCUGCCCUACACUUCUCCGGACUCAUGACCAUUGGUCGCUAUGGUUACGACCUAGCUGAUGGCCCUAACCCGGAUUUUCAGGCUUUGCUGAGUCGGCGACAGGAAGUGUGUGCCAGUCUACAGCUGCCGCUUGAAAAUGUGGAGCUUAGUAUGGGCAUGUCCACUGACUUCGAACACGCGAUUGAGGUGGGUUCAACCAACGUGCGAGUGGGUAGUACUAUUUUUGGUAACAGGGAUUAUCCCAACACUCCCACUCCCAGUCCAGAGAGAAAGUCAAAGGUUCCUACAGAAGAGGCAGCUAAGAAGAUGGAGCGUCUCACUGUGACAGAACAGUGAUGUUUCUCCUCCCUACACUCACAACAGGCUGAAAAGGAUUUAGUAUUUUAUGAGAUUGUCUGGGGGGGGGAAAACAACAGCAGGUUUCCACAGUAUGUCUUUAUGAUGUCUUUGGUUGAUGUAGUAGUUUUCUACAGAGCCCAUUCAUUUAUUUGAGCAUUUUGGGAUGACGUUCGAUCUUUUAAGUUGACAUUAGACAUAGAUUCUCAUUAAUCAAUUGAUGCUAUAGGAUAUAAGAAGUUCCCUACCUCACAUCUUGAUCUUGUGCCAACCCUAGAUUCAAUAGAUACCGUUUUACACCAUUACGGAAAUCGAGAUAAUUUGGAGAGUCAAGCAGAGGUCGGCUCUCUCGACUCCCCCUUAUCAUGACGUAUGGUAUGAGUCAAUUAAAUUGUUUUGUAUGAUGUCAGAUAUUUGAUGUUUUUAUAAUUGAUAAACCAAAUUAGGAAACGGCAGGUAAGAAAUGAUUCAUACCAUAUGUUUACAUUGCCACUAUCUCAUUUUGUGUGAUGUCAGUGAUUCUUCUGGUCUGAAUUAUUAUUUGUUGGUGCAGUAAAAAUAUUUAAGAAUGAACCUAUGCAAAGAGGAAAUAGUUUUAGUUUGUUUCUGUUAUGAGAUCUUCUAUCCUAUAGUUAUUAUGGAACAAUAAUGCUGUAGUUACCAUCAAUGUAAAACUAAAUUCAUAACUAAGGAUGAUAAUAAACACAUUCAGUGAA